AUGUAUUAUGUUCGCAAAGCUCUUAAAUCAGAAAAAGAACAAUUUGGAAUAAUUGAAGUACAGGUAGCAGAAAAUAUAUUACAUUUAAAUAUUCUUGUUAAAGAUAAUACUAAUAUCUAUAGAUAUUAUCAUAUACAAUCAGCUGAGAUCCCUAUACAAGUAUCAGAUACAAAUAUUAAGUACUGUAAAGAGAGUAGUUCUAUUCCUUUAACUAAUAGUAUUCAAAAACAUCAUUUAAGUAGUAUUUUUGGACAACAUUAUGAACAACUCUGUGGAAUAUUUUGUGGUAAACCAGUUUCUAUUAUAAUUGAUGAAACUAUAGACAAAAAAGUCUGUAGUGUAAUUAAUACACUUUUAAGUUAUCAAGAUUCAGCAGCUUAUAUGAAAAAAUCUGUUAGAGAAAUUUUACAAUCCAUAAUGCCACAAAUUCGACAUAAUACAUGUUGUGCACAUAUUAUUCAAUUGAUAAGCCAAGCAUGGACAAAUAUAUAUUAUUUUGAUGAAAUACGAAAAUUAAUUCUAAAUAUUAAAAAAACUAUGGUUCAUUCUAAAGCAUGGCGAUCUAGAUAUAUGGAUUAUCUUUGGCAACAUGGUAUUAAAGAUAUUUCAACUAAUUUUGAUAAUAGCUUAAAUUCUCAAAAUACUCAACAAUUAACUUUACGAUUUAUGCCAUUACCAAAUACAACAAGAUGGAAUUCUUG